GGAGAAGCGCUUUACGCGGACUUAGUGGAAGUCAGGAGACCUGAAUUCUGGCCCUGGAUCUAAAUGGAUUUAGGGAAUAUCUCAAUGUGUUUGACCUUCAAUUUAACAAUUAGGGAAAAUGAGAGUUGGAAGUAGAUGGUAUCUGAACUCAUUGAGCCAUUCUGGGUACAAGCUUUUCAACGGAACCGAGUUUGGGAAAUGUAUACAGUAAGGUGGGGGAGGAGGAGAAGGAGGCUGGGUCCGACUGCGUUCACACCGCCUAAAUUCAGUAAUACCCCUUCCAAUCUCCAAUUCCUCUUGCAUGGUCUCCUCUUAGUCACCCUUCACCUCAGGGCCUUGCAAGCAACUUAACCCCACAGCCCUAAGAGCCUACCCUGCUGGAGGGGACAAUACGGUUUGUGUCACAGCAGUCUUGUGACACCGCACCACGUAACAAUCCGACUAAUGCGCAGGGGAGCCCCUACCUAGGGCCCUCCACUCCCGCCAGAAAGCCCUUGGAGGCUGCAGUGGCUGGGAUGUCGCACUUCUGCAAGCGUCCUCUGCGGCUGGAGAAGGGCUUCAUCUUGGACGGUGUGGUGGUGAGCACCGUGGCCCGCACCCACGAGCGCCUGCGGCCCAAGCUCUGGUCGGCGAUUCCGCCCUACAACGCGCAGCAGGACUACCACGCCCGCCGCUACUUCCAGAGCCACGUGGUUCCGCCCAUUCUGCGCAAAACCGAGCAGGAUCACGGUGGCACAGGAAGAGACGGCUGGAUAGUGGAUUAUUUCCACAUCUUUGGGGAAGGACAGAGAUACCUGAACAGGAGAAACUGGGCAGGGGCAGGGCAUUCCCUCCAGCAGGUGACCGGGCAUGAUCACUACAAUGCUGAACUGAAAACGAUCAAGGGAUUCAAUGGUCGGUUUGGCUAUCGCCGGAACACCCCAUCCCUCCGCCAGCGCCCGUCUGUCUUUGGAGAGGUCACCCAAUUCCCUCUCUUCUAACAGCAUCUCUUCCCUUCCCACGCCUGGACCUGAAUAGAAGACAUGUUUAGAUGAACUCUUAAUGCUAUUUUUAAAUAAACAAUGAUGUUAUUUGUG